AUGAUACUCAUAUAUCAUUGCCUUGCCGAUAGCAUUGAUUCAGGGGAAGAGACGCCUUUUGUGAAGGGAUCAGCAUUGAAGGCUCUUCGUGGGGAGGAGGGGGAGUAUGGCAAAGAGGCGAUAUUGAAGUUGAUGGAUGCGGUUGAUGAGUAUAUACCCGAGCCUCCUCGACUCCAAGACAAGCCGUUUUUGCUGCCGAUUGAGACGGUAGUUAAUAUCCAGGGAAAAGGUUACGUUGUGACUGGGCGCAUCGAGCAAGGCUUGGUAAAAGUUGGUGAUGCCCUGGAAAUCGUUGGCCAGGGUAAGGAGAAGUUCAAAUCGCAGUGUAUGGGUGUCGAGAUGUUCCACAAGACGCUUGACCAGGGCAUGGCUGGUGAUCAGUGUGGGGUGAUGUUGAAGGGCGUCAAGAAAAAUCAAAUACGGAGGGGUAUGGUGCUCACUAAGCCUGGUGCUGCAAAGACCUACACGGAGUUUGAGAGCGACUUGUAUGUGUUGAAGGAGGAUGAGGGUAGACGAACACACAAGGUUUGGCUUAUAUUAGAACNNNNGAAGUACCGCAGUUCUUGUUUGUAG